AUGUUAAAAGUCAAAUGCCCAUUUAAGCAAUGCAACUGUUCAAUUAUUAGCUACAAUGAAAAAGAAAAUCAACCUAUAAACUUACCCUUGUCUGUAUAUGAUGAUUAUAAAUUAUUAUUAAAAAAUAAAGAUACUAAAGCAACAGGUAAGUUUUUAAUAGUUGGAAAUAUUUGGGAUUUCGAUAAUAUAGGUGUUUCUAAAACAUUGUCUUUUUUUGAAAAUAAAGACGAUAAUAUGUCAAAGUUGGAAUUCGUUAAUCCUAUCGAUAAUAAAAGGUAUAAUAUUACUCAGAUUUUCAAGUACUUAAUAUGUUCUGACUGUGAAAAGGGCCCCCUAGGUAUUAUUUGUAAGGCUAAAUUAUUGAAUGAUGAGAAUUCGACAGUGAUUGAAUUGAAUUUAUUAAGCUUAGAUAGCAUUGAUUUGUGUUAA